UUUGACGUUAAAUCAACAAGUGCGAACUCGGGUACGGGCGAUACGACAACGAAAAACGGUACAUUGUCGUUGCCAAAUAAAGUUUGUACAAGUGCAGGUAAUCUUGAGUUUGCUGCCGGAGAUCAGUCUGAUUCUGGAGGCACUGCCGAAAAUAAUAGUAACAAUAAUUUAGUAGUUCGCAUCGUUACAAUGGAGUCGGAAUCGCUAGUUUUGACAUCUAAACAUGACUACGGGGCAAUCACUGAUGGUAUCUCGACACCGCCCACGUCUGAUGCACACGAAAGCUCUGCCGCAGAUGUCGGCACAACGAAACGGAGACCCGGCAAAAAGCAGUCGAUGGUCUAUUGUGUUCACGGGAAUUUGAAUGGAGAGGAAUGCUGCGAUAAUGGAACCACGACUGUCAAUAUCAAGCAUUUGGAUAAUCAUUGUCACAACGGCGACAGGGCAAGCGGCAUCGACAAGCGGGCACGGAAAAAACUCAUCAUCGCGAGUAUUUUGUGCGUGAUAUUUAUGAUUGUGGAGAUAAUUGGAGGUGUUUUGUCAAAUAGCUUGGCUAUCGCUACGGAUGCCGCACAUUUAUUAGCUGAUCUGGCGGCUUUCAUGAUAUCGCUCUUUGCCAUAUGGGUAGCUGCCAAGCCAUCAACUAAGAGAUUAUCGUUCGGUUGGCACCGUGCUGAGGUAAUUGGUGCUUUAGUGUCGGUCCUAACGAUUUGGGUUGUCACUGCGAUACUUGUCUAUUUGGCGGUUUUGCGUGUGGUUAACCAAGACUUUGAAUUGGAAGGUGCACCAAUGUUAAUUACAUCGGCAUUUGGUAUUCUCGUUAAUAUUAUCAUGGGAAUGACUUUGCAUGGAGGCCACGGACAUAGUCACGGAGGUAUGUCACAUGGGCAUGCUCAUGACGAACCAAAUACGAGUCAAAUUUCCUCAACAAGUGACGCCAAAAAGGCUCCGGCGCAGAAUUUGAAUGUACGGGCAGCUUUUAUUCAUGUUAUAAGUGAUUUCAUGCAGAGCCUGGGAGUUUUUAUUGCAUCGCUGGUUCUUUAUUUUAAGCCGGAAUGGAGUUUAAUUGACCCGAUUUGUACUUUUGUCUUUUCAAUUCUCGUGCUCGGAACGACAAUUGCCAUUAUGAAGGAUGCGCUUCUGGUACUAAUGGAAGGUGUACCGAAAUUCCUCGAUUACACAGACGUCAUGCAAACGUUCUUGCAAAUACCAGGUGUUGUACGUGUACAUAAUUUACGAAUAUGGGCAUUAAGUAUUAAUAAAAUUGCACUAGCUGCACAUUUGGCUGUAGAGCCAAACGCAAACACGGAACAAAUUCUCAAGGAAGCAACGAGACAGGUUCAUAAAAAAUUCAACUUUUACGAGUCAACUCUUCAAAUCGAAGAAUUUUCGCAAGAAAUGGAGGAUUGUAAUCAGUGUUUAAAUCCUAAUGAGUGAAAAAAAAAUUUUUUUUAAAGUAACUUUUUUAGAUUUUUUUUUUAAAUUUCAUUUUAAAAUGUAAAAUUAUUUUUUUACAUCUUCUUUGUUUACUGAAUGUACGAAAAAUUGUGUACGUUAAUUACGUAGGUUAAUUAAAUUAAAAUAAAAUGCACUUUGUAAUUGAA